GAGAGAGAGAGAGAGAGAGAGAGAGAGAGAGAGAGAGAGAGAGAGAGAGAGAGAGGUCUGCGUUCUGGUGCGCCCUGUGGUUGUGCGGCAACAGCGAGACGAUCAAGAUCGCAGGGCAAAAUGGGAAACACAUGCGGGGGAAAUCUCGAGGAAGCGCCUCCUGCGACGGGCUUUGACCAGAAAGAGCCUCCACCUAUCGAUCUUGCGAACAUGACAGAUGUGGACUGGAAGAAAAUUUUGACUCCGGAGCAGUACAGAGUGUGCAGACGGAAGGGAACGGAAAUGGCAUUUUCAGGGCAGUAUUGGAACACGAAGACGAAAGGAAUGUACCUUUGCGUUUGUUGCAAGACAGCACUUUUCAGGUCCCAGACGAAGUUCGAUAGUGGAACGGGCUGGCCGUCGUUCUACGACAAGGUGGAUCUGAACGUGAAGAUGGAAAUGGACUGGUCGAUUCCCUUCAUGCCGCGUACGGAGGUUUCGUGCGCGAAAUGCAAUGCACAUCUAGGCCAUGUGUUCAGUGACGGACCCCCGCCAACUCUAAAAAGAUAUUGCAUAAACAGUGUGGCGUUGGUACUGAAGCCGGACGACAAAUCCUAGAGAUGUGGCUGCCAAGUGCUUUGGUCCGGCAUGUCCUCACCGGUGACGUCAACGGUUUGGGGUGUCUGUCUGUUAAAUUUCCAUUUGUACGUUUUCCUCUGAUCUGUGAUUCAAUUCAUUGAUGCGUAGAAAGCUGUGGACCUGCGACUGCACUGGCGUUGGCCUUAGCCCCCCCUUCGAUAAGCGCGAGCGAUGUCUCUUUCGUCAAACAAGGAUGACGAAUGGAAUCGCGUCUCUUGCCCACUGCGAG